CCCCCGACCGACUACAACGAACGUCACACGACCGUCCCGACUGGUGCUUUGACAACCGUCACAAAAAGCGCUACGCCCACGACGACAAGACAAUCCUCACACGACCGGACUGGCCGCGACCUACAAUUUCCCCACGAACAGGAUUUGUGCUAACACAAAAGGCUAGAACAACUUCUAGCAGAUGAAGCACUGGGAGACCUGACACCAUCGCAACUCCUGCGCCGUUUGAUUUGCGUUAAGGGAGAACGAAAGAUAGACACUGGUCUAUUCACUCAAAUAUUUUUAAAACGGCUACCUCAACAUGUCCAAGCCAUUCUAGCCCCAUCCGUAAUGGAAGUUCCAAUUGAUAAGUUGGCAAUGAUGGCGGACCGUAUACUGGAUGUCCAACCGCAGGUCAACUCGCUAGACCACCAUACCCCCGGCCCAUCAAAUAACGAUUUAUCAGAUCGGAUAACACGAUUGUCACAACAGCUAAAUGAGAUGAGCAUCUCUAGGGCACCUCAUUUCAGACGUCGAUUGCGAUCUCCUUCCCGCAACUCCAAAUGCCGUAAUUUCCCCCGAUCUCCUUCACGUUUUUACUCACAUAGUUCUUCGUCUAGUCAGGCAUCGAACCCCGCAUUUUGUUGGUACCAUCAGACAUUUGGACCAGAGGCGAAGAAAUGUAGACACCCCUGCACAUUUAAGUCACAACUAAGAGUGGAUUUUAAGGCUCCGGGAAACGAAUAGGGCGGAUCUGUGAGGCGACCAUGAUCUGCCCGACACAUACCAAUCGCCGACUGAUCAUACAGGACCGGACAUCCGGACUACAUUUCUUGAUCGACACGGGAGCGGACAUCAGUGUCAUACCCCCCUCUCAAGGCCAGCAUGCCCUCAAACAGAGCUCACUACGACUGACUGCAGCUAAUGGUACAUGUAUUUCCACUUUUGGACAACGCUCCUUAACUCUGAACCUUGGUUUACGUCGCUCUUUCACAUGGGUAUUCAUCGUAGCGGAUGUCAAACAGCCCUUACUUGGUGCCGAUUUUUUGACCCAUUUUAAAUUGUUAGUCGAUCUUAACAAUCGUUGUCUCCGAGAUUUGACGACCCGAUUACCUGUUACUGGUCAGACUACUACAAGUCCAUCAUUCACACCAAGCCUUUUUGCCGCGAAUAUGUUUGAUUCUUCAUUCUCCGCAAUUUUACGUGAUUUUCCCGCUCUCCUAAAACCGAAGUUCCAUCAGACGGAGAUUAAACACGACGUAACCCAUCGCAUAGUAACCCAAGGUAAUCCAGUGUACGCUCGCCCACGUCGAAUGAAUCCUGAUAGGAUGAAAAUAGCUAAGGCUGAGUUCCAACACAUGCUUCAAUUAGGAAUAAUACGUCCCUCACAAAGCACUUGGUCAUCACCUCUACACAUGGUACCGAAAUCAGAUCCAAAUGACUGGCGACCCUGUGGCGACUACAGAGCUCUAAACAAUGUUACAGAGCCUGACAGAUACCCCAUCCCACAUAUACAGGAUUUCACAUCGAACAUUGCUGGUAGCACAAUCUUCUCGCACAUCGAUAUAUUCAGAGCAUACCACCAUAUUCCGGUGCAUCCUGACGAUAUACAUAAGACCGCAGUUACUACUCCGUUCGGUAUGUUCGAAUUUUUACGUAUGCCUUUUGGAUUGCGUAACGCUGCGCAAACUUUUCAACGGUUUAUUGAUCAAGUCUUACAUGGUCUACCUUUUGUUUUCGCGUACUUGGACGAUAUUUUAAUAGCCAGUAAGACACCAGAAGAGCACAAACAACAUUUGCGUACGUUAUUUCAGCGUCUAGACAAAUUUGGUAUCACCAUCAACCUACGAAAGAGCACCCUAGGAGUUCCGUCAUUAGAUUACCUAGGUCACCGAAUCGAUAGCACUGGCCUGACACCAACAGAUCACAACUCGUUAUCGCUCACAACGUAUCCUCCCCCGACAUCCUUCCGCCAACUCAAGAGGUUUCUGGGAAUGAUUAAUUAUUACCGACGUUUCAUCCCGCAUGCAGCCGAGAUUUUAGCUCCUCUAACAAAUCUCUUGGUUGGACCUCAGAAACAUUUUGAAAUGUCCGAUGCCGCUACGCAAGCUUUCACGCAAAUAAAAAGCGUUCUUAAAAAUCAAUUGAAUCUGUUUCAUAUCCGUCCGGACGCAACGUUGUCUCUUCACACCGACGCUUCUAAUACAGCCGUCGGAGCAGUCCUGAAUCAACACGUUAAUAAUCAACUGCAACCCAUUGGCUUCUUCUCAAAAAGAUUGACGACGACGGAAACACACUAUAGCACCUUUGGCCGGGAACUUUUAGCCAUUUAUCUAGCUAUUAAGCACUUUCGACAUCUUCUCGAAGGCCGUGAAUUUUGUGUUUUUACUGACCACAAGCCGUUAGUCUCCGCCUUCCUUGCUAAGCCCGACCGCUAUUCACCUCGUGAGAUUCGUCAUCUCGAUUACAUCUCACAGUUCACAUGCGACAUUAGACACAUAACUGGUGCUAGUAAUAUUGUAGCGGAUAACUUGUCCCGACCGGCUGUCGACGAGAUCACCGGUAUAUCCUCCAUCGAUUUCCAACGCAUGGCACGACUGCAGAAAGCUAUGCCACUACCGACGCAUACGGAUAAGCAAUCCUCAUCGUUGAAGAUACGACCAUUUCCGAUACCUUCGGCACCAGGUACUAUUGACUGUGAUAUGGCGACAAAUAACCCCAGACCAUGGGUACCCGAACCUAUGCGUAGAGAAAUAUUUAACGCCCUUCAUAACGUUUCUCACCCUGGAAUCCGCGCGACCCUUCGUUUAAUAGCGCAACGUUUUGUUUGGCCGAAUAUGAACGUGGACAUACGCAAAUGGGCUAAACAUUGCAUACCGUGUCAACGUUCUAAGGUCGUUCGGCAUACGCACUCUGAUACUGGUACUUUCGCACAACCAGAUCGCAGAUUCGACCAUAUUCAUAUUGAUAUAGUUGGUCCACUACCCCAUUCUAACGGGAAUUCAUACAUUCUGACUUGUAUAGACCGUUUCACUCGAUGGCCUGAAGCCAUUCCUAUUGCAGACACAUCGACAGAAACUAUUGCUCGCGCACUGAUUACCAGAUGGAUUGCCAUUUUCGGUGUUCCUUCCUACAUAACCACUGAUCGAGGUUCCCAAUUCGAGUCACACCUUUUUCAGCAACUGACCGAACUACUCGGUUGCAAACGUAUACGUACAACGGCCUAUCACCCACAAGCGAACGGUUUAGUCGAACGUUUUCAUCGACACUUAAAAACCGCUUUCAAAGCAAACGGUGAUUCAGCUAGAUGGACAGAACAACUCCCACUCAUCCUACUUCACAUACGCACGAUGUUUCGUACAACACUGAACUGUUCACCGGCUGAGUUGGUCUUUGGCACAACAUUACGUAUACCCGGCCAAUUUUUCACGCCUGACACAGCAGUACUCAGUGACCCUCCAACGUAUGUGGCUCGUCUGAAAACGCACAUGAGCAAACUACAAUACUGCGCAUCCACUUUCACAACAAAACUACCCCACAUUCCUCCAGAACUUUCGACCUGUACCCAUGUUUUCAUUCGCACUGACAGGUUAAAACAACCUUUACAACCUCCUUAUGAGGGCCCAUUUCCGGUACUUUCACGCCAAGAGAAAUACUUCACCAUUCUAUGGCGUGGCAAACCUGAUACUAUCAGCAUAGAUCGUUUGAAACCGGCGUAUACGGAUUCAGUGGAGACAUACCACACGGACAACGAUCCAACACGCACUGACAAGGCCAAGACGCUGACGAUCGACAAUACACGACCACCCACAAUUCCGGGACGAAAUCAAGAACGCACCACGCGAUCUGGAAGACAGGUACAUUGGCCUGACCGUUUUGUUGCAGGCUGACACAACUCAGGCCCCGAUGCAUACCCUUUUUCAAGGAGGAGGGUAUUGUGAGGUCGCAUUGCACAUGCACUUUUAAUUCCGUUACACUAUCUUCGGAACGGAAGAUUUCAUCACCACGUGCACGUGUACUUAAAUCCGAGGUCAACCUAAUAAAACUACUAGUUUUAUCGAGAUUGCCUUGGAUACCACAUCCUCACAUCGUGUAAUUGAGUCGCGUGACCUACAUCACGACCGAGGUCAACAUAACAAAACUGUUUCAUUCUUAUCGAGAUUGUCUCGGAUACCACAUUCUCACCUUGCGUACUUCUCUUCCCCUUGACCUACAUUCACACAUCGUACUACGUACGGCCCACCUGUUUGAACGCCUGAAUGAAGCAUUAUAUAAACCGCAUAGUACAUCGACAACGAUCCCCCGACCGACUACAACGAACGUCACACGACCGUCCCGACUGGUGCUUUGACAACCGUCACAAAAAGCGCUACGCCCACGACGACAAGACAAUCCUCACACGACCGGACUGGCCGCGACCUACAAUUUCCCCACGAACAGGAUUUGUGCU